AUGGCACCGACAACCGCCAACACACGCCCCGACAUCAUCGUCGUCGGCGCAGGCAUCGUCGGAUCUGCGCUCGCCUACUCCCUCGGCAAGUCCGGUCGCAAGGUCGCCCUCUUCGAGCGUGACUUUGACGAGCCAGACCGCAUCGUCGGCGAGCUCCUCCAGCCCGGCGGCGUACGUGCACUCGCCAAGAUGGGCAUCGUCGACACACUUCAAGACAUCGACGCCGUCCCCGUCGAAGGUUAUCACGUCUUCUACGGUCCUCGCUCCGUGCCCAUUCCCUAUCCCAACGAGAAGCCCGACGAGGCCGGCAGAGGCGUCGUCAGUGCCAGCGGAAAGGUAGAGGGUCGCAGCUUCCACCACGGCAAGUUUGUCCAGUCCUUGCGCAAAAAGGCGCUCCACCAGCCCAACGUCACGCCCUAUGAAGCCACCGUGCGCGACACCCUCAAGGAUGCCAGCGGAACCGUGGUCGGCAUCAGCGCCACCUGGAAGAAGGCUCCCGAGGGACAGUCCGACGCCUUCGAGGUGCGCGCGCCGCUCACCAUCGUCGCCGACGGCUGCUUCUCCAAGUUCAGACGCACCCACGGCAGCUCCAUCCAGCCCACCGUCCGCUCCAACUUUGUCGGCCUCGAGCUCGAGAACGCUCCUCUGCCUGCUCCGCACCACGGUCACGUCGUCCUCUCCAAGAGCGGGCCCGUGCUUCUCUACCAGAUCGGCUCGCGCAGCACGCGCAUCCUCAUCGACGUCGCGGGCGAGAAGCUGCCCUCGGUCGCCAAGGGCGAGCUGCAGAAGCACGUCAACGAAAACGUCAUCCCCCAGCUGCCCGAACAGCUGCGCGAGUGCGUCGCCAACGAGAUGGCCAAGGGCCAACGUCUGCGCAGCAUGCCCAACUCGUUCCUCCCACCCAGCAUGCAGGGCCAGUCGCAGCACGCAAGGGGCGUCAUCGUCGUCGGCGACGCCAUGAACAUGCGCCAUCCGCUCACCGGCGGCGGCAUGACCGUCGGUCUGUGGGAUGCAGUCCACCUCACCGAAGCGCUCGGCGGCUCGGCGUGGACGCCACUUGGCGGCGACGCGCCGGCUCGCAAGCCACUCGAACUCGCCAACUGGACAUCGGUCACGCCGGCGCUCCGCUCCUGGCACUGGAACCGCAAGGGUCUGGCGUCGGUGAUCAACAUCCUGGCGCAGGCGCUGUACAGCCUGUUCGGUGCCGACGACGAGAAUCUCGAGGUGCUGCGCGAGGGAUGCUUCAAGUACUUUGAGAUGGGCGGCGAGUGCGUCAACGGCCCCGUGUCGUUGCUGUCCGGUCUGGCGCCGAGGCCGAUGCUGUUGGUGGGCCACUUUUUCGCCGUGGCGCUGUACAGUAUCUGGGCGCUGUUUGCGCAUGCGCGCUACUACGAGGCCGAGAAGCGUACACGCACACCUUCGGUGCUAGAGUACCCCGCGCUUGUUUGGAGGUCGAUUAUGGUCUUCUGGACGGCGUGUGUCGUGUUGCUGCCCGUGGUGUUUACCGAGAUGAAGGCGAAUGUUCCGCGACUUAGUCCCGCGGCGUCGGCGAAGGGUGCAAAGGGCUCGCAUCGUGGCUUUGUCACGGACAACUUUGGCCUCGUCAGCGCAUCGAUCUUGCUCAUCGGCACGAUCAUGCUCUGGGGAAACGCGCGCGAUCCUGCCACUGCAAGGAAUCUCUCCAACUGGCUCGUGUUUCCCAAAGUGUCAGCUAGACCCAUGUAG